AUGUCGGUACAGGAGACUCCCACAAAAGGAUUAACAGGAAAAAUUAACAACUUAGACAUGUCUACUAUGCAAGGAAAGUCGUUGAGCGACAAGCUUGCAGGUGAAGCUGAGGCCAAGGACGUGGCCCAGAACGACCACACAAUCCACAAGGCUAACAUUUUGACUCCAGGACCCGAAGAUAAGUCGGCGGUGCCAACUGAUGCUGAACACGAAAAGUUUUUGAGCAAGCACAAGGCUCAUCGUCACCAGUUGAAGGAGAUGGAGAAAGAAGAACCCUUGUUGAUGGAAAACACUCGUCGUUUCGUGAUGUUCCCCAUCAAGUACCAUGAGAUCUGGAAAAUGUACAAGAAGGCUGAGGCUUCGUUCUGGACCGCAGAGGAGAUUGACUUGGGCAAGGACAUGCACGACUGGAACAACAGAUUGAAUGACAACGAGAGAUACUUUAUCUCAAGAAUCUUGGCGUUUUUCGCUGCUUCUGACGGUAUCGUCAAUGAAAACUUGGUGGAGAACUUUUCCGCUGAAGUACAAAUCCCCGAGGCCAAGUGUUUCUACGGUUUCCAAAUCAUGAUGGAGAACAUUCACUCCGAAACCUACUCUCUCUUGAUCGAUACCUACAUCAAAGACCCCAAGGAGGCGGACUUUUUGUUCAAUGCCAUUGAGAACAUUCCAUGUAUUAAGAAGAAGGCCGACUGGGCUUUGAGAUGGAUCAAUGACGAUGAUGCUCUCUUUGGUGAGAGAUUGGUGGCUUUUGCUGCUGUUGAAGGUAUCUUCUUCAGUGGAUCCUUUGCUUCUAUUUUCUGGUUGAAGAAGAGAGGAUUGAUGCCAGGUUUGUCAUUCUCGAAUGAAUUGAUCUGCCGUGACGAGGGAUUGCACACCGACUUUGCUUGCUUGUUGUUCUCCCACUUGCAGAACAGACCAGACCCUGAGAUCGUCGAAAAGAUCAUCACCGAAGCCGUUGACAUUGAGAAGGAAUUCUUCACCGAUGCUCUUCCUAUCAGUUUGUUGGGAAUGAACUGUAAGUUGAUGUGCCAAUACGUCGAGUUUGUUGCCGACAGAUUGCUCGUGGCUUUAGGUAACAAAAAGAUUUACAACGUUGCCAACCCAUUCGACUUUAUGGAGAACAUUUCGUUGGCCGGUAAGACCAACUUUUUCGAGAAGAGAGUCAGUGACUACCAAAAGGCUGGUGUUAUGGCCAAGAGCAACGCCGACGCCAAUGCUCCCGUCGCUGACGCUUUUGCAUUCGAUGAGGAUUUCUAA